AUGGCUCCUCCGUCUCGACCUGAAGCUCCUCUAUACAAUUCCCUCCAUACAACGCGAAUCGGCGCAUCCGUUGCCCGUUUUCGGCUUCAACCUGAAGGGAUGGUCGAAAAUACAACGUCCCGUCCACGUCACCUGGCAAACCGCAAGUUCGGGAAACGCACCGCUAGAGAGUCCCUGCGCACCCGUCAAAGCCACACCUCCUGUCUUGACCAUUCCUGCGUUCCUCUACAUCUACAUCUCUACUGA